CGGUCAGGUGACCUGCGGUGCUGGCCUGCUGGCCUGAGGCUACAGAGAGCCUCCCCCAAGUCGGAGUUCGAAAACCAACGCAUGACGAUGUCGGGCGCUGUUGAGACACGGUUGAGUGAGUGGCAAGUCCCGAACACCCAUCACCGCACGCACGCCUCUUCAUCACGCUUGCUCUAGUCGGCGUCGCCCUCGCAUCGCGCCGACACCAUGCGAACGGCGAGGUAGACGCUCUUGAGACGAUCCUUUUCCCCCGCCGCCGCCAACCUCGUCCGGAGACGUUCCCUGCCGCGCGCGACCCUUUCAGACCUCGCGGCCCCUCGAUCGAGCCGCCACCACACCGGGCCGCACAGGGACCACAAACGUCAUCGUCACCUGACCGACCGGUGCCUCUCUUUUUAACCCCUGCCCUUUCGACUGCGACUCUCCACCUAGUGUGCAUCUCCUGGGGCGCCGGAACUGAGUCGUCGGGUAACCUGACGAAGCCGUGAUGGCUUUCCAAGGAGCGCUGCUGCCGAACAUGGCGGCCGCCGCUGCGGACGCCUGGCCCUCGGUCGCAGGCACCCUCGCUGCCCCAUGGAGAAGCGCUGCCCUGUCGUCCCGGCACGCGGACCGAGCUGCGUCGGCGAGACACCAGGCCGUUGAGCAGCCGCCGAAGCAGGCGACAAGUACCCUUCCCGACUUUCUUCAAGAUCCUAGUAUACGAUCGCAACUCCUACCGAAAGUAUCCGGCACCGUAACCUCCACGAGCGCCCAACAUGCCGUGCUGAACUUGACCCGCGUCGGCCUACAGGCAGCGAACCCGAUAUUGCGACGCCCUCUCUUCCAGCCCCAGAUGUCUGCCACGUCUGCACUUGUACGCCCGUUUAUGCGCUCUGGCUUCAGCACAAUGGUUACGGCACGGAACAUGUCCUCCUCUCGCCUUGGUUUGAACCUGCGGGCUACUGGCAUGCCACAUCGGGGAUUUGGUACCUCGAGCGGCAUCUCGCGCAACCAGCUGGCAACGGUGGAGGAGUCGGCAAACAGGAAUCCCGGCAAUGCGAAUGUGCAGAACGCAUUCUACCAGUUGCUCCUCCGAGCCAACAUGCCCGGCAUCUUGGUCGAACGCUAUCAGUCCGGACGUUUCGCGACCAACGCUGCGACCGAGGAGGCGUAUAAGAAGGCUAUAGCGGCCCUCAACGCCGGUACCAACGCAACGGCAGGCUCGGUCGGCACAGCUUCGUAUGCUAGGGGUCCAUGGUCCGGCCAAGACCAGGUCUUCGCUGGCUCUGCAGCCGGUGGAAGCGGCGCGGCCAACUCCAUGGGUGCCAAGGGAGAGCCCAUCCAUGUCGUUGUUCAGGAAUCCACCCGUUCGCUCAUCUUUCGCUGGGUCAAGUUCUUCGCCACGUUUGUCGUCGUCACGUAUCUCUGCUUCGCGGCCGUCACCAUUCUGAUCGAAACACUGAGCUCUUUCCGCCGAGGCCCCGGGGCCAAGAACGAGUCCGAAGUCAAGGCUGAAAAGCAGACAACCCGGUUUAGUGAUGUCCACGGUUGCGACGAGGCGAAGGACGAACUCCAGGAGGUGGUCGAGUUCCUCCGCAACCCCGAGAAGUUCUCUGACCUGGGGGCCAAGCUGCCCAAGGGCGUUCUACUCGUGGGUCCUCCCGGAACGGGCAAGACGCUGCUUGCCCGAGCCGUCGCCGGUGAGGCCGGCGUGCCCUUCUUCUACAUGUCCGGAAGCGAGUUUGACGAAAUCUUUGUCGGAGUUGGCGCCAAGCGUGUUCGGGAGCUGUUUGCCGCCGCCAAAGCCAAGUCACCUGCCAUCAUCUUCAUCGACGAACUGGAUGCCAUCGGUGGCAAGCGAAACCCUCGGGACCAAGCCCACGCCAAGCAGACGCUCAACCAGCUGCUCACCGAGCUGGAUGGCUUCGACCAGGACACCAAAAUCAUCAUCAUGGGCGCGACUAACCUUCCCAAGCUUCUCGAUAAGGCGCUCACGCGCCCUGGCCGCUUCGACCGGCACAUCAACGUCGACCUGCCGGACGUGCGGGGUCGCCUUGCAAUCCUGAAACAUCACGCGAAGAAGAUCAAGUGUGCGCCGGAUGUCGACCUUGAGGCGGUCGCUGCCCGGUCACCGGGCCGCUCCGGUGCCGAGCUGGAGAAUAUGCUCAACCUGGCUGCUCUUCGAGCGUCUCGUGCUAGGGCGACGAUGGUCUCCAAGCAGGACAUGGAGUGGGCAUAUGAUCGCGUCACCAUGGGCGCCGAGAGGAAAUCGAUGGUGGUGACGGAGAAGGAGAAGGAGAUGACGGCAUAUCACGAGGCUGGCCACGCGCUGGUGCAGCUUUUCGACAAGGAUAGUUCCAGCCGGCUCUACAAGGUCACGAUUCUUCCCAAGGGCCCUACCUUGGGCCACACGGCGCAAGUCCCUCAGAUGGACAAGUACUCACACACUGCUGCCGAGUACAUGGCCAACAUCCGCGUGCUGCUCGGUGGCAAGAUGGCCGAGGAGAUGCGCUACGGCGACGACAAGGUGACGUCGGGCGUGUCGAGUGACCUAGAACGGGCGACGGACCUCAGCUUCAUGAUGGUGACGCUUUUCGGCAUGUCCGACGUGCUGGGCCCUGUCGAAUAUGGCCGCCGUUAUGAGAACCUCAGCUCCGAGACGAGGAGUGUGAUCGAGGGCGAAGUCCAAAAGGCGAUGAAGAAGUCGUACGAGGACGUUAGGAAGUUGCUGACGGAGAAGCGCAAGGAGCUGGACCUGCUGGCCAAGGCGCUCAUCGAGUACGAGACUCUGGACAAGGCCGAGGUCGAGAUGGUGAUUCGCGGGGAGAAGCUGCCUGGACGCACCAUUGUGCCCAAGGGACCGCUGGUCCUGCCGAUUCCGGACGACACGCCCCAACCGCCCGGGCUGAACGGAGUGCCUCACCCGCACCCGCCGGAGUCGCCUGCGCCUCCCGCUCCUGCCAAGUCGUCGGGCGCGGACUGAGGACUCGAGAGCGGCGAGGCUGGGUGCAGUUGAUUCGCGUGUUGUCUGGGUAGGUGGGUGGGUGGCAGCCCCAUUUCUCGGGCCUCUUCGACUCGACGAGUCGUAGUGGAGGACAGAGGUUCGAUUGGCUACGGCUGGUCUGCUGCUUGCAGACGAGUUGCUGCAUCAUGAUAGCCCCCCCGCCCGGAGCAAAGCAGAGGUGGGGACAAGCGAGUGCCUGCGGGAGGAGUGGUGUAAGUUGCUGGACCACGAUUAUGCGGACAGCGUUUGGUCGGCGCCAACAGUCAUCCACGUGUAUAACUGUCAGUCAUCUGUGUGACAUAAGCUCGCAUCGCAAUGCAUUAUUCCAUUGAGUCACGCUCAAAUCAUCUCAUCGGCCAUGCGGAGUUGCGACGUGAAUGCCAAAGGAACUUGUCUGUGUGUCUUGGCAAGGGCCAGGCCACCCAGCUGUCUGAGUAGUCAAGUACGUAUUAUCUUAUAUUCGUAUGAAGCACGUAGCUCGGA